CCAUCCGCGUCAGUAACGACUGUCAGUUGCCCAACGAAACUUGGAGGAUAAUUUAAAGUGCAGCAUGGAACGCUAUUUACGAUUUUAUAUCAAAUUUCACGGUUACGUGUUGGCGCUAGCAUCUUUUGCGGGUGCGAUCUUAACGUUGACAUUCUUCAAUUACAGUAAGGAUAUGGUUUAUCCGUUGGAACGCUUUUAUGACUACCGAUUCAUGGGCAGCGGAAUGAUUUUCUUCGCAAUUCUGUGGUUGAUUGUGGGAAUUUCAAUGCUCUAUGGAAUGUAUAAGGAAGCGAAAAUAUGGAUUUACCCUUUUGCAAUUGCUUACAUGCUCGAUUUCUUUCUACUGUUUGUCCGUGAUAUAGUCCUAAUUUGGAACAAUGAUCCGUGGUAUGAAAUCGUGCUUCUGAAUCCUAUGAUGGCGUUGCCAGCAUUGUAUAUUACUUUACACAUUAUGCUGACUAUUGUUGCGUUGGGUAAACUAUUUGAGCAUGCUCCCGUCGAGCCAACCGGGACGAAUUUUGUUCGGUUUAAAAAUGAUGCCCGGCCGUCAGUUGAGGUUCAGGAAGAUAUCACGUCACUGCUGACGGAAUAAAUUAUGAUGUUGUAUACAGGGAAGCCUUGCUGCUGGAAUGAUGUGAUAACGAAACUAAAUGGAUGGAAACUAGAAAAGCCCUGCCAGGAAAAGCUUAUCAGACGUUUCAUAAUAUGCAAUUAGAACUCAAUGCUUCAUUCAUCUGUUUUCUUUCUUUACUAUGUUUUAGAGACUUGGGAAUAUUACAAUAUUCUCAAUAUACUACUCUUAACCA